GCGAAGCAAACCCGCGUGGGAACGGAGGCGCUAGGACCCAGGGGGAUGCGGGGCGGCCGGGUUCUCUGAACCAGAUUGCAAAUUCGCCUCGGUGACUCAGUCGGCUCCGCGCAGCGCGUAGUAGGCGGUAGCCGGGACUGAGACUGGGAGCAGCAGAGCACCAAGAUGGAGUACGAGUGGAAACCCGACGAGCAGGGGCUCCAGCAGAUCCUGCAGCUGCUCAAGGAGUCUCAGUCCCCGGACACGACCACGCAGAGAGCCGUGCAACAAAAACUGGAACAACUCAAUCAGUAUCCAGACUUCAACAACUACCUGAUUUUUGUUCUUACAAAACUAAAAUCUGAAGAUGAACCCACACGGUCGCUGAGUGGCCUCAUUUUGAAGAAUAAUGUAAAAGCUCAUUUUCACAGCUUUCCUAAUGGUGUAACUGACUUCAUUAAGAGUGAGUGCUUAAACAAUAUUGGCGACUCCUCCCCAUUAAUCAGAGCCACUGUUGGUAUCCUGAUUACAACCAUUGCCUCAAAAGGAGAAUUGCAAAACUGGCCUGAACUUUUACCAAAGCUUUGUAGCCUGCUGGAUUCUGAGGAUUACAAUACCUGUGAGGGUGCAUUUGGAGCACUUCAGAAGAUUUGUGAAGAUUCUGCUGAAAUCUUAGAUAGUGAUAUAUUAGAGCGACCUCUCAAUAUCAUGAUUCCUAAAUUUUUACAGUUCUUCAAGCACAGCAGCCCCAAAAUAAGGUCCCAUGCAGUUGCAUGUGUCAACCAGUUUAUCAUCAGUAAGACUCAAGCCCUUAUGAUGCACAUUGAUGGAUUUAUUGAGAAUCUGUUUGCACUGGCUGGGGAUGAGGAGCCUGAAGUACGUAAAAAUGUUUGUCGGGCUCUGGUGAUGCUGCUUGAAGUUCGAAUGGACCGCUUGCUUCCCCAUAUGAUUAGUAUUGUGGAGUACAUGCUGCAAAGGACACAGGACCAAGAUGAAAAUGUGGCUUUGGAGGCUUGUGAGUUUUGGCUAACUUUGGCCGAGCAGCCCAUUUGUAAAGAUGUGCUGUGUCGGCAUCUUACCAAGUUGAUACCUGUUUUAGUGAAUGGCAUGAAAUACUCAGAAAUAGAUAUAAUUCUGCUAAAAGGAGAUGUUGAAGAAGAUGAAGCCAUCCCAGACAGUGAACAAGAUAUAAGGCCCCGAUUUCACCGAUCACGGACAGUAGCUCAGCAGCAUGAAGAAGAUGGUAUUGAGGAGGAGGAGGAGGAGGAGGAUGAACUUGAUGAUGAUGAUACAAUUUCUGACUGGAAUUUAAGGAAGUGUUCUGCUGCUGCCCUUGAUGUACUUGCCAAUGUAUUCCGUGAUGAAUUGCUGCCACACAUUUUGCCCCUUCUGAAAGAAUUGCUUUUUCAUCCAGAAUGGGUGGUCAAAGAAUCAGGCAUCCUAGUUCUAGGAGCAAUUGCUGAAGGUUGCAUGCAGGGUAUGAUUCCAUAUCUUCCUGAGCUAAUCCCUCACCUUAUUCAGUGCCUCUCUGAUAAAAAGGCUCUUGUGCGCUCCAUUACUUGCUGGACUCUUAGCCGCUAUGCACACUGGGUAGUCAGUCAACCCCCAGACACGUACUUGAAGCCAUUAAUGACUGAGUUGCUAAAACGUAUCCUUGAUAGCAACAAGAGAGUACAAGAAGCUGCCUGCAGUGCCUUUGCUACUCUAGAAGAGGAGGCUUGUACAGAACUUGUUCCUUAUCUUGCUUAUAUACUUGAUACUCUGGUCUUUGCUUUUAGUAAAUACCAGCAUAAGAAUCUGCUCAUUCUUUACGAUGCCAUAGGAACUUUAGCAGAUUCUGUAGGCCAUCAUCUAAACAAACCAGAAUAUAUUCAAAUGCUUAUGCCUCCACUAAUCCAGAAAUGGAACAUGUUGAAGGAUGAAGAUAAGGAUCUUUUCCCUUUAUUAGAGUGCCUAUCUUCGGUUGCCACUGCCUUGCAAUCUGGCUUCCUUCCAUACUGUGAACCUGUGUACCAGCGCUGUGUAAACCUGGUACAGAAGACUCUUGCACAAGCCAUGUUGCACAAUGCUCAACCAGACCAGUAUGAGGCUCCGGAUAAAGACUUCAUGAUUGUGGCUCUUGAUUUACUUAGUGGCUUAGCAGAAGGACUUGGAGGCAACAUUGAGCAGCUAGUGGCUCGCAGCAAUAUCCUGACGUUAAUGUACCAGUGUAUGCAGGAUAAAAUGCCUGAGGUGCGACAGAGUUCUUUUGCAUUGCUAGGUGAUUUGACGAAGGCUUGUUUUCAACAUGUGAAGCCUUGCAUUGCGGAUUUUAUGCCAAUUUUGGGAACCAACCUGAAUCCUGAGUUCAUUUCUGUGUGUAACAAUGCCACCUGGGCUAUUGGAGAAAUUUCUAUUCAGAUGGGUAUAGAGAUGCAGCUUUAUAUUCCUAUGGUCUUGCACCAGCUUGUAGAAAUCAUUAACAGACCCAACACACCAAAGACUUUGUUAGAAAACACAGCAAUAACAAUUGGUCGUCUUGGUUACGUUUGUCCUCAAGAGGUGGCCCCCAUGCUACAGCAGUUUAUAAGACCCUGGUGUACCUCUCUCCGAAACAUAAGGGACAAUGAAGAGAAAGAUUCAGCAUUCCGUGGGAUUUGUACCAUGAUCACUGUCAAUCCUAGUGGAGUAGUCCAAGACUUUAUAUUUUUUUGUGAUGCUGUUGCAUCAUGGAUUAACCCAAAAGAUGAUCUGAGAGACAUGUUCUGUAAGAUCCUUCAUGGAUUUAAAAAUCAAGUUGGAGAUGAAAAUUGGAGGCGUUUCUCUGACCAGUUUCCUGUUCCCUUAAAAGAGCGCCUUGCAGCUUACUAUGGAGUUUAACCACAUGUAUUCAAGCUGCAGUACAACAGUUAGGGGUCUUUCAGUCUGGAAGACUGGGAGGGAGCCUCUGCACCCAGGGAAAAAAAUGUUACCCUUUACUGGGGGGAAGGGUAAACCAGUAGGGAAUACAGUACAAUCCCAAGCCUACUGGGAGGGGCGGGAGGGAGGUGUUGCCGUCACUGUAUUAAGCCGAUGUUGGGAAAUGUUUUAACAUCUGGAGCUUUUGUGGGUGGAAAUCUGUCUCCUGUUACAACUCUGCACUGGAUGUGAAGAAGCGCAAAAAAAAAAUCACAAAACAGCACAUUCUGCAAUGUUAUGGGGAACUGUACCAAAAUGAAAACUAUAAAAUUGAACUAUAGGGGGUAUGUAAAGAGGAAAUAUAUUGUGUUCACACAAUAAAGGAAACCGAAGAAUGAGGAUUACCGAGAGUAAAGGUGUCAUAAUAAGGGGUUUCUGCAUUGUUUCAUCUUGAUGGGAUUCCUAGGUAUUGCUAGGUAUUGCAUGUUAAUGAAGAACUAAACAAAUGAAGUUAGUACAGUUAAAUGAAGCUUGUUACCUGUAUUAGGAGCAAGCACUUGCAGUGUACAAAUUAAAAUAACCCCAUAAUAAAGUAAUAAAGGUUAACUUGAACAAAAUGAAGCAACCUGCAAGAUGCCAAAUGAGUCACUCCUUUUCAUUUUGGGGGUGGGGGGAGGGGCAUUUCAGAAGAAAGGCAAUUUUUUAUUUUACAUUGAAACUUUAAAGGUAGUGGAUAUGAUUUGAUGGUUGUACUUCAUUAGAUUUAAUUUCUAGAGUAAGGCAUAAUUCUUAACGUGCAGUUUAAGGUUCAGGCAUGCAUUUUUGGAUCAUAGUGAUCGAGCGUAUUUUUAGUGGGAAAGUAGCAUGCUUGCAUCAGAGUGAGAGUGGUACACAUUACUUACGUUGCGCCAGUUUUGUGUUACAGUUUACCAAUUAAGUAUAGCCCUGCAUUUAAAGAUUCCUUUUAAGAUUCUGUGGAUUUUAUGUUUAUUAAGAAUAUAAAUAUAAAAUACUUGUAGUUACAAUUAGGCCUUGAAAUAUCUUUUUAGGAACUGUUAGGAAUAAGAUUGAUAUUGUAUUGUGUAACCUGCACAAUGUGGAAAGCUGAUAUAGCUGUGCAAAGUAUUGCCUCUGUGCUGUCAGUGUGAUGUGCUUUCUGCAUGGUUAUACUAGUGAUUUUUAUCAGAACUUCUAAAAAAAGUUACAUGGUAAGACCUGUUAAAGGCUACAUAAAUGUUAGUUGGCACGUAAAGACAAUUGUAGAAAAUUAAUGACAUGAUUGCUACAUUUCAGUGUUUAUUCCCACCCAACAUAUUAUCAAACUACAAUUUUCCCCCUUUCAAAGCAUGAUCUUAAGAUACGUAAGUUAAUGGAUGUAAAGCAGGGUAUUGACACUAUUAUCGGCGCAUGUUGGUGGCCCUUUGUGUUCUAAAGUGUGCACAAGGGUGCAAGUUAAUAGCUACAGAGUGAAAGUUGGUUUGGAUCCUCUUCAUUUCAUUUGUUUAGCUUUUCUGUUUUCCUUCUACUCACUUGUAUUCCUGUGAAUAAAUCCUUGUUAAGUUAACCCUUUACUUUUCUUUCCAUGUGUAUUUUCUUAUGUACUGUGAAUGUGAAAAUCUAACUGGUACACUUGAUCUUGUGUUACUAUAAAAGUGCAAGUUGUGAUUAAUUUAGAUUGCCCUAAGAGUAUCCCAUGAUGAUGAAGGAAAAUGGAGAGAACUAACUCUGCUGGUCAGAGGUGAAGCCACACCUUUCCAUUUUCUAUAAGUGCUGCAAAAUUAAUCUGUGCAAAAAAUUUUUUAAAAAGCCAUAACAGCCGCCUUAUAUUUUAGAUUCUCAUCUUUGCAUUGCAGAAACAAAUACUGGAUAACAAUUUUUGUAAAGACUGACUUUGCAUGACUUGGUUCUUUUCAGGUUGUUUGAUUUAGCCAUUGCACUGAAGUUCAAGCUGUGUGAGUGUGACAUUUAUGAACUAUGACUUCAAGUUUUUGUUUAAUGCAUGGAGGCAUGCACAAGUCUUAUACAUUCCUUUUUCCGCUUUGCAAAUUUGAGUGGGGUAAACAUGCUUGGAAAUGACCUUUCAAUACAUGUCCUUUUAUAAAGAUGGAAAUCACUACUACUACAUAAUCCAUUUGAACAAAACUGCAUGUGAUCUACUUUCAAAUCAAUUUGCUAUUUCAAAAAUUACAGCUUCUCCUUUUGCAGCUUUUCAAAUCAAAGAUGUAAAUAUAAAUUCCCAACAACAUAAAAUUUAUUGAGUGUAGAAAUUGUCUUAGACAAGGGUUUAAUUUAAUUUCUCUGUGAGUGGACAGAGCAUUAAUGCAAGAGAAAAUGGAGUUCUAAAUCAUAAACCCUUUUUAUUUGUUUUGGCCCUUACAAAGUUGAACAGUUAAAGGUUAGUAUGCAAAAGCCAUUUGUUAAAUAUAUAAUUUUAUUACUUGGGUUAAUAUAGAGGGAUGUGACUGCUCUACUGUGACUAAACUGAUCAGGCAGAAAAGUAACAAGAAAGCAAUAUUACAGCUAAUGCUUGUUAAUGAGUUCAUGCUUCAGAGCAAACAAUCACUCAUACUGUUUAAAGUAUUGUACACUUGCAGAAACCAUUUGGGUUAGAAUUUGAGGUAAAAAGUUCUAAUACAACACUAACAGUUAUAAAUUGAAUAUAAUUGCAUCAUGGGAUAUAUAAAAGCAUCUUAUUUCUAUUUGUGUAGUCUUGACAGUUUUUGAAUGUUGACUGAAUGUUGAUACCAGUAGAAUUGUGCAUUUGUCUUUGUUACAUUCCAGUGUUCUCUGCCUCUUGGCAUGCUACAAGCACGGCUUAUUAAAUCUGCUCCUUACACGGUAAAUAAAAGUGCUUAGUGUGCUAAACUACAGAAAUAGCCGCUGCUAAGUGAUGUAGAUUUUCUACUUGAAUAUUUUUUGUUGUAGAAACCUCAGGAGGUCAGUGUUUACUGUUUUUGUAUAUGCCUUUGUUUUCUUGUCCAAGGCCCCCUACAUUUGAAGGAUUCUAACAGUGAAUAAAGCUGCUGAUCAACCUAAGUUGGUAACAGAAAGUAUAUUUUAAAACAUUUUAAAGGCAUCUCUUUUUGCAGAAAAAGUUGUCUAAUAUGGUAUGGUUUUCUAGUAGCACAGUUUUUUGACUAUUAAGGGGGAAAGCCUCCUUUACAUUGUUUGUUUAAUUUCUUUAAAAGUGAAAUGUAAGGGAACUGAAUCAAUUUUGUAAAUUUUUUACUUAGGAUUAUUUUCUAAAUUGGUAUAUAGGUAUUAGUUAUAAUACUAGCUAGAUUCCAGUGUUUUGCAUCUUAAUCCUAAACAUACUUGGAAGCAAGUACAAUUCAUUUCAAUGAGAAUUGCUUCCAAGUAAGUACAGUUUGGCGGAUCUGUAGCCACUUAAGAGGGUGCAGUCAUGGCAACAUGCAUAAAAAGAAUAAACGUGUUGAAACACAUAGCCAAUAGAAUUUUUUAAAACAUAAAGCAAUUUUAAUUUUGUAAAACACUAUUGAUACACACUGUGAUAAUUCUGCAUUUUUCUUUAGCAUUGGCAUGAAUUACUUAAACUACAUAAAUACUGUGUAAUUAGAUUUAUACUACUUGUAGGAAGAUUUCCAAAGUUGAAACUUGCUGUUUGCUUGUUGUUGUUUGGAUAAGAACUAUUCAUACUAGUUUUAUCUCAGGUAAAUACUCUUGUACCCUUUUUGUUUGGAUAGAAGCUUCUAAUAUGUCUUAAGUGUACCAGUUUGUCUUUCAUAUAGGAACUGCCUAAUGUCUUAAACUCUCAUAUCUAAAUUAACUUUGGGACAGCCAUGACUUUGCUUCAAUAUAAGUCACCUAUUUAAUUCAUAUUGAAUGUAUUAACAAAGAUAUAUAAACAUUCUUCUUAAGAGGAGAAUGCGUCUGUGCAUAAUAGCGCCUAAAACCACCAUAAAGAGUGUAUAUUAUGCAGUACAAAGUUUUGUUCCUGAUUUUAAAGAAGACUGACUCAGCGUAAAUACUUCUGAUAUAUUUUCAUGUAUAGAUGCUUAGACAUUUUAGAGUAAGUAGCUAGAGUCUUAACACUUCUUAAUUUAGUCUUGAGCAGUAAACAUUAACAGAUCAGACUCAAUGCUGCUGUAAGCUACUGAAUACCAAGCAGUAAUAUAUUAAGAUACUUUGCUAUUUGCAUAUGAAUUUAUUGUGUACUGUAAUAAGUAUCGAGUUACUUGGGAAAUAUCAUCUAGAGGUGAAAAGAUGGAUAAAGCUAUAACUUUUAAUGCAGAGCUACUCAACACUGCACUCGAAUUUCAGAUGCUUUUUGGUCCAGAAUGAUGUCCACAGCUGGCAUUUGCUCAUUUCUGUUUGUCUGAGCAAUUGAUUGAUAGGCUUUUCUGAAUGAAAUAUUAAUAAGGGCAUACUUUGUAGCUUUCUUUCAGUAAGUGACUGAGCUGAAAUUGUGUCUGUGUGUGAGAGAGAAAGAUGGGGAAACUAGAACAGUUCUAUAAACCUUCAACUAUUUGUUUUGGUGGACAAAUGCACUUUUAAGCCAGACAGUUACAUUUACAAAUCAGUUUCUGCACUGAUGUUGUAAUAUGUUAUGUUUUCUUCUUACAUGUAAAUCCAUUUAAGAAUAGAGGUCUCCUUUUGGGCAUGCAGCAAAACUAGAAAUACCCAGGAAGAUUUUAAGGGCACUCCUCCUCUAAAACUCAAAGAGCUCUCCCACCCACCCAAGGAUUUUGUCAGGAAUUCUUCUCCUUGCUAACUCUUAACUGUCCUAAAAUUAAUUGUUAGAAUUGGAUGCACUAACAAUAGCUGAAGCAGCAAAACAGACAGAACUUUCUGCUGACAACUUAGGUUGUAUGAGUUGCUUGAAAGCUUUAAGUUGGAUGUGUUUUCUGUACGUGUUAGAAUAUUCCCUUCAAACAUAUCCUUCUGCAAUUGUAUGAAAUUGAUUUUUGUCUGCCUCUGUGCUACCACAACUUCAUUUUAAAUAGAAUAUUAUUUUGAUUUUUGAUAAGCUGCUGAAUUCUAAAGAGUUUUCUGGGGCCACCAAAUAUUUUGGAUCAUGCAGAGAAUAUAUAUUGUAAUGUAGUAAUUUUGUAUUUACAUUUGUAUGAUGUGACAAUAGAUGUGAAUGUUAAUCACUGCUUGACUAUGUUAAUAAAAUUUGUUUAAAUAUA